AUGGGCGGAAACGCAAGUAAAGUUACAGCCCAGGACAAGGCGAUCCUGGACAUGAAGAACCAGCGCGAUAGACUGCAUCAGUAUCAACGGCGCAUUACAGUCCUCACCGAUAAAGAGACCGAUAUCGCAAAGCAGAUGCUAGCGAAGGGCGACAAGAAGCGCGCUCUGUUGGCCCUGCGGCGCAAGAAGUAUCAAGAGUCGCUGCUGAGCAAGACGGAUGCGCAACUAGCACAGCUCGAGAAAUUGACGAACGAUGUCGAGUUUGCGCUUAUACAAAAGGAUGUUGUCUUUGGACUGCAGCAGGGUACCAAGGUUCUUAAGGAGAUCCAUGCCGAGAUGGGAGGUAUAGAAAACGUGGAGAAGUUGAUGGGCGAGACGGCGGACGCUAUUGCCUAUCAGCAGGAAGUCAGCGAUAUGCUUGGAGGUCGUAUCUCCAACCAUGACGAGCAAGAAGUGGAAGACGAAUUGGAAGCCCUCGAAGCCGCACUCGCAGCACCAGCCGAAGGUCUACCCUCUGUUCCUGAGGUUGGACUACCCAAGGGUCAGCGCGAACCCCGUGUCGAGGCGCGCGCAGAGAGAGAAAGGCAACCUGCUAUGCUAGCAGCCUAG